AUGCUACAAGCAUUACCACUGUAUAAGCUGUAUCCUACUGCACCAUUUAAAAGUUUUUUAAAAGCAGUGUAUGAUAUGCAUGCUAUUGGAGAAAGCAUGAUGAAGUCCCGUUUCAAACAACUUCAGAAAUUAGCUCAGGAAGGAGAAGUACUUGAUGAAGAAAGGAUUAGCCUAGUGGAGCAUUUGCUAAUUGAGGAAAAGCUAACUAAAGAGCAAGCACUAUCGCAAGCAUGCGAUUUACUGUCUGCUGGUGUUGAUACUUCUUCCGAUACAAUUUAUGAAAAGAGAGAAUCUGAGCUUGUUAAGAGAUCGUUGCCCCUUGAGUGUAAAUGUUUCAAGACAUCAAUAUGGGAUGAGACACUUUACAAGGCCUGGUCUCAAAUAGUCCAUCUCCUCAUACCUAAUGUCAAUACACUUGAGAUGCAUCUUGACAGUUUUGCUGGUAUUCUUGACGCUGAUGAGGUCCUCCUCUUUGAGAGAGCCACCUUCCUGGUCAUAGCUCAUUCUGUGAAGAGGCAACAUAGUGACAUUCAUAGAUUUGAAAAAAUUAGUAACAUAGUCAAGCAGUUUAAACUGAGUUGCAGGUAG